UUGUGGAUACAGUUUCUUCUAUCAGAACUUACAACUUUUUCCCCUCUAAUUAAAGUUCCCUUCAAUUUUUGUUACAUAAUUUUAAUAUAAUCAUAAAAAAGUAAAGGGAAAUGAAUGUGAAGGAACACAAACACAGUAAUUAUUUACUCGAACUGUUAAUAUUUUCUCUUUUUUAUGCAUCAGCUCUAGCUAUGCCUGUUUCAAAGUUGGUUGCCAUACGGUAGCCUAACUAGCCUUCAGCUAACGACAGUAGUGAGACAGAAAGAGAUUUUAGCUGAAGACCGUCCAUGAGGUAUUGGACACUUGGAGGCUAUUGUCGGGUUUGGAAAUAAAGAUGAAGCUUGUCAGUAUGUACUCUGUGAGGGGGAGGAUUGCCCAAGAGAAGAAGAAAUCUGUCCUCACAAACUCAAAAUGAACGCAACAAAAGAUAUCACACCUCUGACAAUAAAUUGGCCAAUCACUGCAUCCAAGGUGGAUCUGAAGCGCUGUGAAAUUGGUAACUACAGUCAACGAAGACUCAAAUCCAUUGAAUGUUCGAUUGGGAACACAUUGAUAUCGUGUGAUAAACCACUGCCUCCUGGUACUUUCGUCACUUACAAGUGUCCUGAUAUGUACAAUCCGGCCGGUAUACUCCCUAUGUGUCAGAAAAAUGGCAACUGGUCUGAGCCAAUAUUGUGUAUUCCUGAAUGUGGCCUCACAUACCCUGAGAGGGCAGAACCCCUGAUUCUCCAUGGUUCAAGGGUACAGAGAGGUCAAUGGCCCUGGGCAGCUGCCAUCUUUGUCAGAAAGUCAGAUAACACUUGGAAGUUUCAAUGUGGUGCAACAUUGGUAUCUGACAAUGUUGUCAUUACAGCUGCUCACUGUGUGUGGAGAAAACAAGUUAAGAACAUGUUUAUUGUACUUGGACAUCUUCCCCGAAAACUCCCCAAAGUUAAUAGAAGGGAUCUGAUUUAUCGUGUGACAAGAAUAUAUUUAUUGCCAGUCUACAGACAUAAAACUAAUAAAUAUAACAGUAAUAUAGCUUUGUUGGUCCUUAAGAAUCAAGUGAUACUGACAAAAAACAUUCUACCAGCUUGCCUACCAGAUAAUUACACAGUAGUUCAUCCAUAUAUUAUGUCAAUUGUUUCUGGCUGGGGGCUGAAUGAAAAUCAAGAAAUAUCACAAGGCUUAAACUACAUUAAAGUACCAAUCAUUGAUGUAAUGAGAUGUUUUAAAAAUAUUGAUCAGGAAUUAGAACAGUACAUCUCCUAUACUACAUUUUGUGCUGGAUAUAUUAAUGGAACUACGGUAUGCAAUGAGGAUGGAGGCGGUGGAUUGUUGACUCAACAUGAUGGGAAAUGGGUGUUACAAGGUGUCCUUUCAAGGUUUAGUCGACCAUGUCAACAUGGUAGUUAUUCUGUAUAUACCAAGGUGAUGCUUUACACUUACUGGAUCAAACUAAUUGUGGAUUUUGAAAAUUCAAAGGCACUGACAAUAAGAAAAACAUGACUAAAAUAUUCUCAAGAAAUUAAGUAGCUUUAUGAAGAAUAAAAUCACAGUAUU